CUUAAAUACUAUCCUAUACCCACUUCUCACAAACUUCAGGCAUCUUCAAAACCACCAAAAACAGAGCCUUCCAUUUUCAACACUAUCCAUAAGCCAGCCCAGAAGAUCAGAAAGCUCAGAAGCUUUGAGCUAUGUUUCCAACUACCUCCCAAAUUGAGCUACCAUUAAACGAGAACGAUUCACAAGACAUGGUCAUUUAUCAAGUCAUAAAUGAAGUCGUGCCACAAAACGUCACAUUCAUGCCUCCAAGAACGUCCCAAGCUAACUCCUCCAACAUGCUCCAAGCCGGCCGGGCCAUCGCCAAGAAACACUACAGAGGCGUCAGGCGCCGUCCAUGGGGGAAAUUCGCGGCGGAGAUUCGCGACUCGGCGAGACACGGUCAACGUGUAUGGCUAGGCACGUUUGAAACAGCGGAAGAAGCGGCUUUGGCAUAUGAUAAAGCUGCUUUUAAGAUGCGUGGUGCUAAGGCUUUGCUUAACUUUCCAGCUGAAGUUGUGGCAGCUUCUUCUAAUUCAACGUUGCAAAAAAUAUUUAAACCAAAUAUGAGCUUGACGUCGUCUAGCUUAAUGAACAAUAAUUCAGAGGUAAGUGGGAGUGGGAGUUCUAGCACGAUUUCAAUUGGGACAUCAAUAUCAGAAUCGGAGAGUAGCACAAGUGGGGAGUCACAGUACACAGGGAAAGAUGGGUUGGGGAAAUUGUUGAAAGAAUAUUGAGAUUUUGAUCGAUCAUAUGGCUAGGUAUGGAUUGACGAUGAUUAAAAACUAGGUGUUAAUGUUUAUUAUGUACAGGGACAAAAUCCCAAUGUCACAAUCCAAAGGGUUAACUGAUUAGAUUGUCUUUUUAAUUUUACUCUUCCAUUCUUUUGGUCUGGCCAUGUUAUUUCUUAUUAAUCAACAAAUUGCAACAAGUUAUUGUAA